UGUCCAGACGUCCAGUCCUAGCCGAUUCGUCUUCCUCCUCUUUGGUUCUUGAUUGACAUACAUUAACAGCGUCAGAACUCAGAGGAACAGAGCAUUGUUUCUGCAGAGUUUUUGCUAGCCCUUCCCGCAACUCGAUCAUGAGCUACCAGCAGGGCUACCCGCCGCCGGGCACCGCAGCAGCGUACCCUCCGCCGGGCCAGCAGCAGGCCUACGUCGCGCCGCCGCCGGCUGCGUACCAGCAGGGCCAGCAGUACCCUCCGGCCGGCGGCGACACCACCAGCCGCGGCGGGCACGGCCACGGCGGCGAUGGGUUCUUGAAAGGAUGCUGCGCCGCGCUGUGCUGCUGCUGCCUCCUCGACGCCUGCUUCUGAUCGAGCUUGACCCAUCUUGUUCGACCGUCACGAUCAGGCGCGGCAUAUAGAGUAUACUGUAGUACAGUAUAUUUUUUUUUAGGUUGCCGUGUUGAAUACUAGUCCCAGAACACGAUUUCUUGCGUGUGAUGGUGUGCGUUGCUCCAUUCGUACGAUUCAGAUAGAGAGGGACGUGUGAGAUUCAUCUAGUGGCCUUAUUGAAUAAAAUGCAUAUUUCUCUUGGUGUUAUUUACCUUGUUGGUAGCGAUGAUCGAAUCAUUCGCGGGUCUUACAGUGAAUAACUUCACAAUAAUUGUUGCAAACUUUGUGCAGUUAACCUGAUGUUGUAAUGUUGUUGAUCCAUUUGAAUCGUACAAUAAUUUCACAAA